AUGGGUCACGUGUGGACCUGGCUGGAAUCCAAAGAAGAAUUAUUGACAGACUCUGAGAAUAGCAGCUGCUGCCAAUCUCUCCAGGGCUCCCCAGACUCUAGCUCUGAUCUUGAUCUUGAAUUAGGCUGCUGGAGAAAGACCGAAGAAACUGCAGAGGAGGAGGCAGGAGAAAGGAGCAGCCAAGAGGAGGAGAGCCCACUGGAAACUAGUGGCCCCCUGCCAUGGGAAGGUGCCCGCAAAGGGGACCAAGAAGAGGCUGGAAGGUACAAGCAGGAUGCUCUCUUGAGGUUCCUGUCAGAGGUAACGCAUAUGAUGGAGCCUCUUUGCAUUGGCAGUAAGUACCUGGCAGAGGGUCCACAGGCACUUUGCAGUACUGGGGAGCAGAAUGGUCGGGGAGCCCUGGAUCAGAAGGGAGACAUAAAGGAAUCCCCAGUCCACAAAGAAGGGGAAGUGGGAGAAGACAGUCAGUUUCAGGAUUUGAAAAAGCAAGCUGGGGUGAGAGCUGCUUCCCAGGGAAUGGAAAAGUGGACUUUGCAGGUCUCAGAAGGGUUGCCAGUUAUGAGCUGGGAAGCAGCAGGAAUGGAAGGGCUGCAGGAUCUGUGUGAAGAGCCAGGAGAUUCUCAGAUUCGGGAUAGCAAUCUUGGUGGUGAUUUGGAAAAGAAGGUGUUGCACAUUGUGGUGGAAAGUGCAGGAGAAAGGGAUGAAGAUGACUACUCUUUAGAGCUUAUGAAUCAGACUUCCUUCAACUGGAGAACACUGAGGGAUGAGAUUCCACAGAGUGUACAGGAAGUGUCUGUGGAAAACAAUGAAGAACAAGCUGAGGAGUGGAAGGACAGUGACUUCCAUCUGAGUUACAGCAAUGAUGAUUCCAGUCCCUGUGGAACACCACUGAUGAGCUCUCCUUCUACAAGUACCGCCUCUUUGCCUUUGAUGCAGCUGAGCCAAGAUGACCCAUUCCAGCAGCGUUUGCUUUUCAAAAAAACUCUGUUGUCCAUCUGGAAGAUGGUGGCUGGCCACAGAUAUAGCGGCCCCUUCCUGAAGCCCGUUUCCGAGAAGCAGGCUCCUGGUUACAAAGAUGUGGUGAAAAGGCCAACAGAUCUUUCCACCAUAAAGAGAAGCCUCUCCAAGGGCCAGAUUCAGAAUAUGGUCCAGUUCCAGCGUGAUCUCAUGCUGAUGUUCCAGAAUGCAGUCAUGUACAACAGUUCCAAUCACCACAUACACCGCAUUGCUGUGGAGAUGCAACGAGAGGUCCUGGAGCAGCUCCAGAUGCUGGGUGAGGCACUCCUGUGCUCAGAAGAAAUGCGAGGCUUUGUGAGAAGGUAA